AUGAGCUGGAAGCGCUUCGCAAAGGACCUCAACGAUGGACGCAUCGAACAGCUAUGCAUUCUUUCGGACUGGGAAAGAAUGACAAGCAAAGCAGAGGAGUUGAUCCAACUCUUCGCUGGAAGCCCCACUGAGAGUGAUGAUACUCUCAGUGGCAAGGCGAAGCAGGAACGCUUCAACGAGCAGAAUUGCAAGAUUCUGCGAGAGCACAUGGAUGUGCUCUCGGACGGGACUCCCGCGGAAGAAGUAUCCCGACGCGGCAGUGGCUACUGUCGCGGGAUCAAGCAAGGCGUCGACACUGAGGUCGACGCGGACGCUGGCACGGGAGCUGGCGUCGACGUUACGGUCGACGCGGACACUGGUGAAGACGCUGGUGUUCGCAGAGAGGCGCUCGUUGCGAAAUGA